CUCUCUAUUACAGUGUUGAAAGAAAACCAGAAAACCAGUUCUUCCUUACUUGUUGAAGCAAUGGCAGCAGUGGUUUCAUCACCAAAGAUCGUUGUUCCAGCAGCUUUGACCGGUACUGGAAGAUUUGAGACCGCUUCCUUAUACGUUGGUGAUCUCGAAAGGAACGUCAAUGAGGGCCAGCUUUAUGAUCUGUUCAGUCAGAUUGCACCAGUGCUUUCUGCUAGGGUUUGCCGGGAUCAGAUGACGCAGUCAUCUCUUGGAUAUGGCUAUGUUAACUACUCCAACGCUC